AUGUCGGAUCAAGCAUCAUCAACUGAUACAUCUGGCUCAACUGAACUUAAAGCUGGUCAUGCUCCAGCUACUAAAGUAGCUGGUAUGCGUGUCGGAGCACCUCGACAACGACAAACAUCACAUGGUGAAGAUAAGAAUGCUGCUGCUACUGCAACAGCUACUGAUGAUAAUACAGAAAAGGUUCAAGAAUCCUCAGGUGAUAAUACAACUGGAAGCGGUGCUACUAAUGAAACGACUGCUGAAGAUGUUAAUAAUGAAGAGACUACAAGCGCUGUUGCUAAUCGGGCAGCUGGUGAAAUGGUUGCAGGAGUAUUUGUACCAAUUGAAAAGGCAUUUCCAACUGAAGCUGUGAAACAUAUUCAUGAUAAACCUGGUACACAUCCUAAACAUGAAAUUCAUACUCAUACAAAACAAAAUGACCAAAAAUUUAUUAAUCAACCACGCAAGCAAUAA